ACGAGAAUAUCACCAUCCCAUCUAUGCUUGUUUAAUUGAUUUUAAAGAGGCAUAUGAUUUGGUCAACCACGAUGCUCUUUGGCACAUCCUUCAUUAUUCAUUUCAGUUACCUGCCAAGUUGCUGGCCACUAUUCGUGCCCUACAUGAGAAUUCCAGCACCGCAGUAAAGGCUUAUGGGAAGGUAUCGGGCAAGUUCCCUGUCACCAACGGUGUCCGGCAAGCCUGUGUGUUGGCACCUGCCCUAAUCAAUCUCUACCUUGACGUCGCCAUUCACGUGGCUCUGGAUGAACACAGAUCACGCCUACCUUCAUGAUGCUGAUCUUGUCGGGAACAGGAAGACCUUGAGAUAUGAAUCUUUGGUGACUGAUCUAGAGUAUGCCGACGGUAUGACUCUUCUCUCAGACAAUUGGCUUGACCUCACCGAAAUGCUGGACUCCCUAUCAAACUGCUGUAAGAAACUGGGUGUUGCAAUUAGUUGCAAAAAGAUGAAAACCUUAGCAGUUUUACCAUCUGAGUGCUCACACAUUCAAACUCCUGUACCAAUCCACCUUGUGCCAGGAGACAUGCCUAUUGAAGUGGUCUCUCAUUUCCAGUGCUUGGGCAGCAUUGUUCAAAAUGAUUAUGGAUUGGACACAAAGAUUAAUUCCAGAAUCUGGAAAGCCUCACAUGCCUUCCAGUCACUCUCUCGGAUCUUGUGGUAUCAAAGUAAGAUCAAGACCAGCACUCAGGUUCGUCUUUCAACAGUGUGAUUCUUCCAACCUUGCUGUAUGGUCUCGAGUGCACAGUCCUCCUUGAGCCUCAUGUUCGUUGUCUUGAGUCCUUUUGGAUUCGUUGCCUUCAAAUUAUGUUGGGGAUCUCCGUCAGGGAGCAGAAGCGUCACACAACAAUAUGCAAGAUGGCUAAACAGCAAAGGAUCUCAUCGAUUCUCUACAAUGUCGUCUCUGUUUUCUUGAACAUCUCUCAUGG